CAAUUUCUUUGUAUCCAAGCCAUUGGAAAGUCGCUUACUGUCAACGUCAAAAUCAUUGUCAAAGCAGUAUUAUUCUCAUUUCGUGAAUAUUCUUUCAUCCUUGUUUGUUUUUGUUUUAAGUUUAGGGAUAAACAACGCAUAGAUUUAUUUAUUAAUUAUUUUGGCGCAUCAUUCAAAGAAUGUUACGUACGAAAAUUCAUAUAGCUCUGAGCGCUAUCGGCGCAUUCUUCGGUUUAUCAGCUUUUAUAUGUUUUUGUAUUGUUUACGCCAAUGUUGAAGCUGGAAUGUGGGCGUUAUUAUCCGGUAUUCAUGCAUCGUUGACCUUGAUGCUGCACUGUCAUUAUUUAAAAGAAUCUUUACAUGUAAACUUUUCAAGAAAGGCUCUUCAAUACAUUGGAGAUUUUGGAAUGGUGGGCUUUAUAUCAGGGACUGCAUUGACAUUGUUCUAUAUAUUCCUUGAAAUAUAUUAUAAAGCAGAUAUUUUACCGAUAAAGUCUAGUAUUAUAAUAAGAAUGGUGUGGUCCUUCAUGAUGAUGAAGUGGGGCUUGAUGUUGUAUAUAUUUACAAAGAAAUACCUACGAACAUACAAUGAUCAUCAGUUAUUCUCAGAAAAUCCUAACAUUGAAGAAACAUAAUUUAGAUUGUUCUUAUUAAACCAUACAAACCUAAUUGAAAAUGUAGAAGUAUGUUUCGCUUGCAAUUUUAAUGAUUGUUCUUGUUCUGACAUUUUAAAAAUUUGUUACUGUAUAACAUUGCAAUCAGGUUUCUAAGUCGAAAAUGUUUUUAAAAUUGUGUUAGGUCAUUCACUUGAGUGAGUCAUACAUUUAAUUAAUAUUUUGUAUAUUUAAUAGUUGUGCAAUCCCAUAUUUUUAGUAUAUAUUGUGUGAAUGGACUACAUAAUAUCUAAGUUUGCCACCUAUAUUAUAUAUUUUUUUAGUGUGGAGAUGAAAAUUUGACUUUUCUCUGAUUUAAAAUUAGAUACAUUUUCCCAAAGUUAUCAAUUUCAUUACCUGUUGUUUUUGUAAUACUAUUUACUGUGAUAUUGAGUACUUUAUAAUAUAAUAUGAGUGGCAACCCUUAACAAUAAUUUACAUUUGAUACUUAAAUUGGGUUGUCUUUGCCUUUUUAUUAUAUUCACUUCAUAGCAAUCCAAUGCUAAUGUUAAAACUUUCUGAUAACUAAUUAUACAAAUCGUAAAAAAAUAUGUAGCAUAAUACCCAAGUAGGUUGAAUAUUUACAAUGAUUAAUGAUUAUUGGAAUUUUUUUAAAUUUAAAUACAACCAAAAUGUAAAUGUUGAAACUGGUUUAGACUUGAAUUUACCAAAAAUAAUAUUAGUUAAUUAUUAUUUAUUUAAUGCUUGAUUUGAUUUUCUUUUUAGAAAAUUAAAUUCCCAGUAUUUUUUGAAAAGGCUAAAGAUUUAUGUUAUUAAAUUUCAUUUGAACUUAUUGAUGUUAGUGUAGAAAUAAUAUGGUCUAAUAAAUUUAAGAAAACAAUGUUUGGCUAGUAGAUUAGGAAAAACUUGACUGAAAAAUUUUAUUAGGUCAUAGGUGAAGGUAUUAAAAAGACUAAUUUUUUUUUUGUUAAUUUUAUAUAUUUUGUAGUUUUAAAUUGGCUAUAGUUAUCUAAAUUUAAUUGAUUCGGUAUUAUUUGGUAUUAAAUUUUCAGGGUAGCUUUUAUUUAUUUUUUAUUAUUUUUCUAUCAAAAAAUGUAAAACUGUUGUAUAGUUCAGGAUACAUCGCCUAUUUUUGCAAGUGACUACUAUCAAGCUAAU